AUGCACCCAUUCACAGCUUACGCUCUUGGCGUCGCGGUCGUCGGCCUCGUCGUGUACGCAGUUGUCGAUGCUGUUGGCAAGUACGACAAGAGGUACAAUGUCCAGAACAUGCCUGGCCCAUGGCAGCUACCCUGGAUUGGGCGCAUUCACGAUCUCCCCAUCGAGUUCAUGUGGCUGAAGUUCAAGGAGUGGGCCGAAAUUCAUGGUCCCAUCUACCGGACGAAGAUGUUGGGCGCGAACUUCAUUAUCAUCAGUGAUGAGAAGAUUGCAGAGGACAUGCUUGUAAAGAAGGCGAAGUUGUAUUCCGAUCGACCCGAGAUCAAGUCGUUGUUUGAUGCGAAGAGCACAUACGGCUCAAUGGAGUACCUGCCUCUCAUGGGAAAGAACCAAUACUGGGCUCGUCAACGAAAGUUCACUCACUCUUACCUUACCGGUGCGACCAAUGUACGCUACAACGGCAUCAUGGAGUUUGAAGCCAAGCGAUGGAUGGCCAGGCUCUUGGAAAACCCCGAUGAUUUCAGCUUUUCGCUCGAAGACAUGUGCUCCAAGGUCAUGUGCCAGUUGACAUGGGACGACCCCUCGCUCAGUAUCCCUCUUACACCCAGCGCAUGGGGACUGCUCACUCAGAUGUCUCCCGCCGGCCCGAUCACCAACGUCUUGACUCCUCUCUGGGAUUGGGUUCCCGAACCGAUCAACCCCUGGAAGCUUCGGGAGCGCAAGCGCCACGACGAACAGCAAGCCUUCUUCAUGCAGUGCCUCCAAAAGACCAAGAAGAGCGUGGAAAUGGGUAAGCAAAGGUCGUGCUUCACCAAGAGCUACCUGGAAACUGCCGAAAAGUCGAACAUCUCUGGGGAUUACGAGGCGUCUUGCGUGAUCGGAAUGAUGGCCCUCGUUGGCAUCUUCACUGUCACUGGACCCAUCUACUACUUCUUGAUCAGCAUGGUCCACCACCCCGAAUGGCAGGUCAAGUGCCAGGAUGAGAUUGACCGCGUUUGCGGUAACAACCCCCCUGCCGUCGCCGACCUGCCCAAUCUUCCCAUCCUCCGUGCUUGCAUCAAGGAGACAAUGCGAUGGAAGCCAACCGUACCUACUGGUGUCGCACACGAGGCCGAGGCCGACGAUUGGUUUCAAGGGUACUUCAUCCCCAAGGGCACACGUAUCCUUCCUCUCGACUGGGCUUUCCUUCGCAACCCUGUUAAGUACCCUCAGCCCGAAGAAUUCCGUCCCGAGCGAUGGUUGGAAGCCGGAUGGCCCACUUUCCAAGAACCUUUGACCAAGUACCCUGAUAUCGUCGGCAUGACUUCUUUCGGUUGGGGUCAGCGCCAAUGUUUGGGCAUGUCCAUCACACGUGACGAGACGGUGACAGGCUGCGGAGCGUUGAUGUGGGCCUUUAAUCUCAGGCGCAAGGUCGACCCAGUCUCAGGCAAGGAAAUCGAAGUACCACUGAACAAGUCCAACUCUUUGCUUAUCAUCAAGCCGGAUCCGUGGGAGAUGGCGUUUCAGCCCAGGAGCGAGAGCCGCAAGCAGGAAGUGAUUCAGCUCUGGAAAGAGGCUGAAGCGAAAGACAUCCAGGAGCGUGCCGCAUUUGCGAAGGCAUCUGAGAUGAACAUUCUUGUAGAGCCAUAG